AUGACUGCGUCUGGUGUGGAACUGAAACGAUUGAUUGCGAAUGCUCCGCUGCAGUCAAAAAUCAACUUGUCUGAUUUAAGUCUUACUGAUGAGGAGAUGAACAUCGUAGCUGAAGAGGCGAUCGUUGGAAAGCAAUGCACACAACUCGAUUUGGGAAGUAAUAAUAUAACAUCCAAAGGCGUACUGAUUAUCGUCAAUGCAUUGGGUAAAAGUGAAACAAUACGUCGACUCUACCUUUCUGACAAUCGUAUUGCAGAUGAAGGUGUAUAUCAUUUAUCGUUGUUUACUGAAAACUCAUCCCUAUUCGUCUUGGGAUUAUCACGAAAUGGCAUCACGGACGAGGGUGUACAGCAUUUGAGCAAAAUGCUUGAGAGAAACCAUCGGCUGUUGGUAUUAGGACUCGAAGAUAACGAAAUUAGUGAUUUUGGUGUUGCAAAUUUGGCUGCAGCACUCAAACAAAACAACACUCUUCAACGUUUACUGCUUGCUGGGAAUAAGAUGAUUACUGAUCGAAGUUUCGACUAUCUCCUGGACAUAAUGCACAAUAAUCGAUCAUUGCAAAGACUUGAUCUUCGCUCUUGUAGUUUGUCUCCUUCAAUUAAACUCGAACUUCAAUUAGUUGCACGAACGAAGACUCAGUUCGAAUUAUUAUACUGA